AUGGCAUUCAUUCUGAAAGGAUCUCCCGAAUGUGUCAAGUCAGAACUAGAACUUUUCCAUUUACCUGCAACUCAAACUGCUAUUGAGAAUGGUCAGUGGGUUGAAUAUCAUCCUUUGUCCAAUUUGUUUGAUGGUGGCCCAGUGGAAUUUCAUGUUUCCGGCAGCGGUGAGGAAUAUAUUGACUUGAGUCAAACUCAACUUUACGUAAACGCAAAAAUUGUGAAAUCAGAUGGUUCUCCCAUUGCGAAAGAUGCUAAAAUUGGACCUGUUAAUCUUUUUCUGCUUUCCCUAUUCAGUCAAGUGGAUGUUUCGCUGAACGAAAAUCUGAUAUCGAACUCUAGUAACACUUAUCCUUACAGAUCAUACAUUGAAACUCUUUUAAAUCAUGGAUUUGAUAGUAAAACUUCCCAGUUAACAUCUGAAAUGUAUUAUAAAAAUGGACGAAAAAAGCGAACAAGUUUUUUUGAGUCGAGUGCUUGCGUGGAUAUGCUUGGCCGUAUCCAUAAUGAUUUGUUUCAUCAGGAAAGUUUGCUAUUAAACUUAGUAGAUGUAAAAAUAAAACUAAUAAGAAGCAAGCCGGAAUUUUGCUUGCACGGAGACAAGGACCAUAAAGUUGUUCUGGAGAAGAUAAGCCUACUGGUGCGAAAAGUAAAAGUCAGCCCCGGCGUUAUUUUGGGACAUGUGAAAGCUCUGGAGAAAGAUACGGCUAAGUACCCAAUCAACAGAGUGUUAGGUAAAGCAUAUUUCGUUCCUCAGGGAAGCAUGAGUAUGGUUCAAGAUAAUAUAUUUAUUGGAUCAAUGCCACGAAAAUUAAUUAUUGGAUGCAUAGAAAACGAUGCAUUUCAUGGCACAUUUGAAAAAUCCCCCUUUGACUUCAAGCAUUUCAACAUGAAUUUUAUUGGAGUAUAUGUAGAUGGUCAGCCCAAGCCUUGCGCUCCACUGGAAUUGAAUUUCGAUAAAAAUAUUUACAUAAAAGGAUAUAACAGUCUUUUUUCUGUGAGUGAAAAACUAAGUCCAGACCAAGGUUUUUUCAUGUCACGAGAGGACGAUAUAAAUGGAAACACUUUAUUCGGCUUCAAUUUAUCACCCGACCUCUGCAAUGGGGAUCAUUUGAACUUAAUUAAACACAGCAAUCUUAGAUUAGAAAUUAAAUUUUCUCAGCCUCUGUCUCAGACCGUAUGUGUGUUAAUUUUUACCGAGUUUGAUAAUGUUAUUGAGAUAAAUAAAACAAGGAAUAUAUUGUAUGAUUUUUCAAACUAA